UUUUCAGACAGCCCUUGCCAUUUCUUCCCACAGGCUUCUUUCUCUCUUUCUCCCUUGAACAUGGAAUCUAGAUUUGGAGUUGUGCUGGUUUUGAUCUUGGCAGCUGCAUCAUCAUCUGCCCAGAAGAACUGUACCUGUGCAACCAACAGACGGGCUCUAUGCACCGAAGACACACCCGGGAACUGCCUCUGCACGUUGGUGGGUUCAAAUCAAAGAGUAAAUUGUUCAGUGUUGACUUCAAAAUGCCUACUGAUGAAGGCAGAAAUGAGCUCCCCAAAGGGCAGGCGCUUCACCAAACCUGAGCAUGGCUUUUUAGACAAUGAUGGAAUUUACAAUCCAGAUUGUGAGGACAGUGGUAUCUUCAAAGCCAGGCAGUGCAAUCAGACCAACACCUGCUGGUGUGUGAACUCUGCUGGGGUGAGGAGAACUGAUAAAGGUGACACAACCCUAAGAUGCAGUGAACUAGUCAGAACUAACUUGAUCUUCAUCGAACUGAAACACAAGGAGAGGUCUAAAGCCUUCCAUGCUUCUGAAGUGGCAAAUGGUCUGAGACAGAUCAUUCAGAACAGAUACAAGCUGCAUCCAAAGUACAUCACUGCCAUUGAGUAUGAAUACCCAUUCAUCCAUAUUGACCUGAUGCAAAAUGCUUCCCAGAAAUCCAACAGAGAUGUUGAUAUAGCUGAUGUGGCUUAUUACUUUGAAAAAGAUGUUAAACUUGACUCCAUAUUUCAUCGUAGUAAUGCAUUCAACCUCUCCGUUAACGGAGAGCCUCUGGAUGUGGAAGGAAUUUUAAUUUACUAUGUGGAUGAAAAGCCACCAGAGUUUUCUAUGAAACGUCUGACUGCUGGUGUUAUUGCUGUGUUGGCAGUGGUGAUAUUGACUAUUAUUACUGGGAUUAUUGUACUGGUUAUUACCAGGAGGAGGACUGGGAAGUAUGAGAAGGUCGAGAUCAAGGAGAUGGGUGAAAUGAGACGAGGACAGAACUCAUAGCUGCCUUAAUCUGAAGACAGAAAUUAAGACUUUGAUGAGAAGGAAGCAGAAAUGGCAAGAUUAUUCAACGUUUGUGUGGGGAGGCUGGGGUAUUUUUUAUUUCUAGUUUUAAAACAAUGAUUUUCUAAAAUCCUAAAUAAGCUUAGAUGCGUGAAGUGGUAUUAACUAGUAUAAAUUAAUUUGAGAGUUGAUUAUCAAAAUCACGUGGAAAGAAAAGAUGAGCACCGUAGCCCAAAAUUUUCCAAUUGUAUAGUUGUAUUUUUAAGGGGACAAGAAAGUUAUUUGUACUUCCUAACAUAGCUAUUUAGCAUAAUUUAUAAUACCUACAUUUGUAUUACUAAAGAGCCUGUUAAACUUG